CUUCAGUAGCUCACUUGCGCCGUAGUUCCAAAGCACAGACAAAUAAACUAGCGGGGCCUUGGUUUAUUUCACGUUUGACAGUUAUCAGCUGAUUUUGUUCUUUUAGCGUUUUUCUUGUAAAUAAUCUAAAAAAUGUCCGAGCGUAAAGUUUUAAACAAAUACUAUCCACCGGAUUUUGAUCCGUCUAAGAUACCUCGCAUGAAAUUGCCCAAAAAUCGGCAGUACACUGUGCGAUUGAUGGCCCCCUUUAACAUGAGAUGUAAAACUUGUGGGGAAUAUAUUUACAAAGGCAAGAAGUUUAAUGCGCGGAAGGAGGAUGUCGAGAAUGACGAUUAUCUAGGAAUUCGAAUAUAUCGGUUUUAUAUUAAAUGCACGAGAUGUUUGCAAGAAAUUUCGUUCAAAACUGACCCAAAAAACACCGAUUACGAGAUAGAAGCCGGUGCCACUCGUAAUUUCAUGGCCUUGAAAUUGGCCGAGGAGCAAGCAAUAAGAGAAGAAGAAGAAGCGAAAGAGGAAGAAGCCAGUAAUCCAAUGAAACUGCUUGAAAACCGCACAAAACAGUCUAAAAACGAAAUCGAACUUCUGGAAUCGCUUGAAGAAUUGAAAGACUUAAACAGAAGACAAGAAGCCGUCGAUUAUGAUUCCAUGUUACUGGCCUACGAUCCCACAAUUUCUCAGCGCGAAAGAGAAGAAAAAUUGCAACAGUUGGACGAUGAAUACGUCAAAACGAUUAAAUUCCAAAAUUCCCAAAAACGUAAAGUUGUGGUGGAAGAAGAAAUAAUUGAAGACGAUGAACCCGAAGCUAAAGUGUCUAAACCAGAGACACCAAAAACUGAAACCGCGUCCAGUGAGCCAAAAGUUCAGAAAAAAAUUGUUAGUGCGAGAAAAAUGUUGUCGGGACUCGUGAAACUGAAAAAGGACGAGCCAAAAAAGGAAGAGAAACCUCAAACUAGCGGAUUGUCACUGUUGGGUGCUUACAGUGACAGUGAAAAUAGUGAAUAAGUUGUAAAAAAUAAAAAGUUUUAUACAA